CUUUAUAAGUGUGACACCUUUUUGUGUGGUGGGGCCGUUUGUUGCUUUGACUGCUGUUUCAUUACCCUGUCGAUUCUUUGAACGGCGACCACGACCUCGACCUCGCGGCUAAUCGACCAAGCAAGGACAGGGAAGAACGACGACGACGACGCCCUGUGAAGUGAACUGAGAGGACAACCACAGGAUAGACGGCUGAAUACGAGACGAGAGGAUCACGAUGUUCGACGACAAGUCUGAUGCUGGGAGUGAGCCCAAGCUCUUCUCUGAGCGACCGGAGUGGGCGGACGUUGUACCCCUGGAGCAGUACGAGAAUAUGAACCCUAUUGCGCCUAUUGUGUAUACGCCUGAAUAUAAAGACGCGACGGACUACUUUCGCGCGAUAGCGAAGAGCGGGGAGAAGAGUCCUCGUGUGCUUGAGCUCACCGAGGCGAUCAUCCGUAUGAACCCAGGGCACUACUCUGCAUGGCAAUACAGAUACGACACCCUCCUAGCGAUCAAAGCCCCGCUCGACGCCGAAGUAACCCUAAUGAACGAACUCGCAGUCAAAUACCUCAAAUCCUACCAAGUCUGGCACCACCGCCGACUGCUCCUGACGCACACCCGCACGCCCACAGCCGAGCUGGCGUUCAUCACGCGCAGUCUCGCCGAGGACGCCAAAAACUACCAUACCUGGUCCUACCGGCAGUGGCUUUUAGCCUAUUUUAGUGAAGCUGAGGAUUUUAAGAAGGGGGAGAGGAAGGAGGAGGUGGAGGAGAUGUGGAUUCGGGAGAUGGAUUUUGUGGAGGAGAUGUUGGGACGUGAUGUGAGGAAUAAUUCGGCGUGGCAUCAUCGGUUUUUUGUGGUUUUUGAGAGUGGGAGGCUAAGGGGUGGGGAGGAGAGGGAGAGGGUUGUGAAGAGGGAGUUGAUUUUCACGAAACAAAGUAUCUCCCUCGCACCUAACAACGCGUCCGCAUGGAACUACCUCCGUGGUAUCCUCGAGCACUCCAACAUCCCCUUCUCGACGCUCAUCGAGUUUGUCAAGCCGUACACUGAGCCUGCGAACCCAUCCACGCCUACCACCGCCGCGGAUGUGGUGGAUUUGGAUAAUCCGAGGCCUGGGGAAGGUGCGGAUCUUCCUUGCGUGGCUGCUGUGGAGUUUUUGGCGGAUGCGUAUGAGAGGAGGGGGGAUAAGGAGAGUGUUUUCGAAGCGGUGGGGUUGUGGAAGAGGUUGGGUGCGGAGUUGGAUACCGUUAGGAAGAAGUGA